GCGAGUAUCACGUGAUUACUUCCUCAAAACAAACCGUAAACUUACCAGCAAAGGAAUGACAGACUGUGCAAAGUUCAAACCAUUUCAAUGCAACGAAGCUUGUCGAGAGUUCACUUUAAUGGCGCAGUAAUGAAUUUGCGGUCGUAUUGACUCAUAUACUCGUGGCUGAGUUUAAUUUCGUGCCUCGUGAUAUCCGACGACAGGUAGAAAGUGUCCCUCUACAAAAUGUUGCUGUCAUUGCAUUGCGCUUUUUCGCUAGCAGCCAUUUUCCAAACAACAACAACGACCACCACAGAACGCAGCAAGUGUGCCGCCAGAAGCUUCGGCCAUGACUCAGUGGUGUGUGAGUGUAACACUACGUACUGCGACACCUUGGGCACCGGUUCUCUUCCCCCGCUGGGUCACUACAUCUCCUACCUGAGCACCAUGGCCGGAAGCCGGCUAGAGGACGCCCAAGGCCCAGUCAGACCCAACAGAACCGGUGCUGGCCUGAGACUAACUCUCCUUCCAAACAAGAAGUACCAGAAGAUGAGAGGAUUUGGUGGAGCGAUGACAGACGCAGCAGCACUGAACAUCCUGUCGCUUUCAGCUGGAGCACAAGACCAACUGCUGAAACAAUACUUCUCUAAAGAAGGUAUAGGUUAUACUGUGGUGCGUGUGCCCAUGGCCAGCUGUGACUUCUCCACACGUCUGUACACGUAUGCUGACACGCGGGACGACUACAGCCUUCACAAUUUCACUCUGGCCCCUGAAGAUGUACACAUGAAGAUCCCUCUGCUGCAGAGAGCCCAGGCCAUGGCUCCGCAACCUUUGUCUCUGCUGGGCAGUGCCUGGAGCGCCCCCGCCUGGAUGAAGACAAACGGAGCUCUCAUAGGAAAAGGGUCCUUGAAGGGAAAACCCGGUGGAAAGGAGCACAAAAGCUGGGCUCAAUACUAUAUACGAUUCCUUGAGGAAUAUGCCAAGUAUAAUUUGACGUUUUGGGCUGUGACCACAGGGAAUGAACCUACAGCAGGACAGAUAACAAACUACAGUUUCCAGGCGCUGGGCUUCACCCCCGAAGAGCAGAGGGACUGGGUGGCCUUAGACCUGGGCCCUGCACUCCACGCUUCGGCUUUUCCGCACACUCACAUCCUCCUGCUGGACGACAACCGUCUUCUGCUGCCUUACUGGGCCAAAGUGGUGCUAAGUGACAUCCACGCAGGUCGAUACAUCCACGGGGUGGCGGUGCACUGGUACAUGGACGGCCUGUUCCCCGCCGGGCCCACCCUGGGAUCCACCCACCAACUUUACCCGGAGUAUUACCUGUUUGGCACUGAGGCCUGCGCAGGCUGGAAGCCGCCAGACCGGGGGGUGAAACUGGGCAGCUGGCAGAGGGCCGAACAAUACGCGCAUGAUAUCAUAGAGGAUUUAAAUCAUUACAUGACGGGCUGGACUGACUGGAAUCUGGCUCUGGAUCAGACUGGCGGGCCCAACUGGGUAAAGAACUUCGUGGACAGCCCCAUCAUAGUUGACGCUAAGCAUGACGUUUUCUACAAGCAGCCAACCUUCUACGCAUUGGCCCACUUUAGUAAGUUCCUGUGUGAGGGCUCUCAGCGAGUUGGUGUGUCCGCCAGUGGGGAAACAAACCUGAAAUUCUCAGCCUUCAUCCGACCAGAUGGCGUAGCGGUGCUCAUCAUCCUCAACAGGUCAUCAUCGGCCAUCCAGUUUGAGGUGUGGGACCCAUUGGUGGGCUACAUCCCCUCCACAGCACCGCCUCAUUCCUUACUCACGCUUGCUUGGUACACAUCGGGAUUCAAUAUGUAAUAUGUUUUUACUGUUCGCAUGCAGGUGAGCCUUAGGACUUUUUUUUUUUUUAAACUACUAUAAAACUUUUGUUCUCUCACAUUUCCUACAGAAGUUAUGUAUAUUAGAGGCACACUGAAGGACCCCAAAAUAGCUACGACAAGAAUAAACUCGGAAGUGUGCCAAGGAUCAAGGCAAAAUGAUUCAUGAUAAAAACAUUUGAUCGUUGAAAUGAGAUCUUACCGUCUUCAAAGAAAAAAAACUUGACAUUUUAUAAGUAAAUAUUAUGUGAGAAUAAAUUUGUAAAAGUGCAAGAAAAAAGUUGCAAUACUGGAAGGGAAAGAAAGAGCAGGGAUUAUGAGAAUGUGUUUACUACUGUAUUCAUUUUAUAGAAAUCUCACGUUUAAAUGAGAAUGUUUUAAUAUUUCCAAAAAAAGUCAAAAUAUGAAGAAUUGUCAUUUUGCAAUAGUUAAAGUAAAAUUUUUACUUGAACUAUUUUCAGUCUUUUUAGCGUGACCUAUUAAUCCACAAAAAA